AUGGCCGACACAGACGAAGCCGCCAUCCACCUCCCGUCGCAUGACUCCGCGGCGCACAUCGACACAGACCUCUCCGAUGAAACGCAGGACUUUCGCAUGCUGAACCACCUCUCCUUCCUCACAGAUACAUCGCAAGCUAGCCUCCCCAAACGCGGCGAGAAGGAUUUCGAACCCAACCCGACCCUGUACCAGGCCGAUAUCCUAGACGCCUCACGCCAGGCGAUGCAUAAUGCCCUCGCGCAUCCCCGGUUACACUUCCACAAGAAUGAAGUCAUCGGUGUCUACGCGCCUGAUGGUCCUGCUCCGCCUCGAUCGGUCGCUCCGCCCAAGGGUACGCUAGACAAUAUCGCUGAGGAAGACGCCGAUACCCCGCCAGCGCAGGCCACAGAUGUAGGGAACGUUCAUCCGGAUUCGUGCGUCUACGUGACGAAUCCCAAGGGCCAGUAUUUUAAGUAUGCGGGGCGUGCGGACCGGUGGAAUCGGGUCUGGCUGUUGCCAGAGGAAGCUUUGUAUUUGCUUGAAAGAGGGAGCUUGAAUAUCAGGUGGCCGGUCUCAGUGACGGGGUGUGAGAAUGAUGGGGAGACGGACGAUUCGGGGAUUCCGAUGAGUUUGCAGGCUGCGUAUGCGAGCUUCAUUGGGCGAGGUGGGUUGAUGGUGGAUCGGUAUUCUGUUUACUCUGGGUUGCGGCGGUUGGGGUACACACUUAUUCGGGCUCCAGGGUGGUAUGACAAUGAUGAUGAUGACGAUGCAAAGGAAGAGGUGGAAUCGACACCGCAACAAGGUCCCGGGCUGGCGGGGAUCUAUGGCCGGUUUAUGGAUUGGCUGCAUAGCUCGACUACCACGGCUGUGGGACCGAUUACUGGUCUUGGGAUCCAUCGCAACUAUAAUGAUAUCUAUCGCAAGCUUUCGAUUGUUCCUUACUACGAUCCUGUUACGCCUCUACCUCAACCGCCACGGACGAAGGCGCCGUUCCGUGUUGUCUUUCAUGUCUACAAGCCGUCUACACAGUUCCGCAAGUCGGCUCCUCCGCCACCGGAUUUCAGAAUUGCAGUCGUCAAUGCGCGCACUCAAUCCUCUAUACCGACGAUGGGUGAGCUUGGCAGCCUCCUUGAGAGCACGCCUUUGGAUCCGCCCAAGGGCGAGAAGAUGGACAGGAUGCUCUACAUGCGACUCCGACAUGGGUAUCGCAACGUUGUCUUAGCCAUUGUCGACCAAGGCGUCGUAAGCUACCUCCGGGUUGCUGACGCGGCAUUCGGAAAGGAAAAGCUAUACAAUAGAGUUGCCCCAGCUGGAAAUAAAAGGGGCGGGCAUCCUCGGCCGAAGCCCAAGGGCCGGUGA